AUAGUCUAAGCUUCUUCGCCGUUCUAGUCCGUAAGCAAAAUCGGGUUGAGGUCGAAGAAAAUAGCGAGAUUGAUCUUGAUCUAAAUCCCUUUACUGUUCUCGAAGAUUACUGCUAGUCGGUGGAGAUCUCUCAAUUGAUCCCUGAUUCUUCGAAUUUGAUGCUCUAUCCUUUCAAAGCUCACACUCGUGGGAUGAACUUCAGUUCUGAGUCUGCUGAAAUGGAGCAAAAGUCGCGGCCUUUCGAAAUUUCAGCCAGCUCCUGUUCUGCUGACAAUUCAUCAAUACACCUUAAUGCGAAUGAGUUGUUCAACCAAAUGAGGUCAAAAGGAUUCAAUUUCAACUUUGACGCUCAGGGUUCUCAGUGCGGAACUUGUCCCAUUAACCAGAUUGUUAAGGAUACGAAUGUUAAUUUGGAUGUCAAGUCUAUGCUCAACAAUCUUUCUUUCCUUGAACAAAAGAUCCACAACAUUCAGGACAUCAUCCAUUCGAUUGUUAGCCAGAAAAGCACUACAUCUUCUCUCCCAAAUGAAUUUUCUGUUCGGCAGCAACUUGUAACUACUGAUCUUGCUUCAAUCAUAGUUGACUUAAUCUCGACAGCGGGAAACCUUCUUCCAACUAUUAAAAACAACCUCUUAUCAUCCAAUCCUCCUCCCAAUCAAUUUUGCAGUAGCUUUGAUUCCUUAACUAACAUGGAGGCUGAUGCUCCUUUGCCCAAACAUGAACUGAUGAAAAUUCAAGAUGAUAGGAGUGAAAUGAAUGAGAAUGUCCACAUUGAAGACCAUGAUAUGAAGGAAAGCGAAGAUGGAGCGGAGGUGGACAAUCUUUUAUUAGGAUCUUAUGAAGUAUUACAGUUGGAAAAGGAAGAGAUUUUGGCACCGCACACCCACUUUUGCAGAAUAUGUGGAAAGGGCUUUAAGAGAGAUGCAAACUUGAGAAUGCAUAUGAGAGGUCAUGGCGAUGAGUACAAGACCCCAGCUGCUCUUGCCAAGCCAAGCUACAGCUCCGAGCCUGCACUUAUCAAGAGGUACUCUUGUCCCUUUGUUGGGUGCAAGAGGAACAAGGAGCAUAAAGGUUUUCAACCAUUAAAGACACUUCUAUGUGUUAAAAACCACUAUAAGAGGACUCACUGUGACAAAAGCUUCAUAUGCAGUAAAUGCAAUUUGAAAAAGUUCUCUGUUCUAGCUGAUCUUAAAACUCAUGAGAAGCAUUGUGGUCGUGAUAAGUGGCUUUGCUCUUGUGGAACAACUUUUUCAAGGAAGGACAAGUUAUUUGGGCAUAUAGCUUUGUUCCAAGGCCAUUCUCCUGCACUCCCUACUGAUCAUGUAAAUGACAAUGGUGUAGGAGUUAGAAUAGAUGGUAAUGGAUAUGACUCUUCUACGAACUCUUCAAAUGAUGACAAGGAUACCAAAUUGUUUGAUGAUGGCCAUGAUUAUCUAUCAACUCUGAGGUUUGAGCCGUAUGAGUAUGGGAUUAGUGAUGAAUUCAUGAAAGCAACAUUUGGUCUUACGGAGUAUUCAUCAAUCAUGUAUCCUUCCGGACUUUCUGAUUUUGGUCUAAAGAAGGAAGAUACUUCCGGUUCCAUUUGUAUGUUGUAAAACCAUUCAUUAACGGAUAUUACAUUUUCACCAGAAUAGUACAU